GUUGCCAGUCUUGUUAUUUUGUUUUCAUCCCACCUUUGCAAUGGAGACUGACUUUCUGUUCAACGUCAACCACGGCUUCAUUGAAGGCAUUGUCCGCGGCAUUCGCAGCGGCUUCCUCAAGCAGUCAGAGUACCUGAACAUGCAACAGAGCGCCAACAUUGACGACUUUAAGCUGCACUUGCAGUCCACCGACUAUGGCAACAUGCUCGCCAACGAGCCGUCACCAAUCUCGGUGUCCACCAUCUCGGACCGCUUGACGGAGCGCCUCGUGUCCGAGUUCCACUACAUUCGCAACAACUCGUUCGAGCCCCUGUCCAAGUUCCUCGACUUUAUCACAUACGGCUACAUGAUUGACAACAUUGUGCUGCUCAUCCAGGGCACCUUGCACGAGCGCGACCUGUCCGAGCUUCUCCCCAAGUGCCACCCUCUUGGUCUCUUCGAGAGCAUGGGCUCGAUCACGGUGGCCAGCACCCCCGCAGAGCUGUACAACUCGGUCAUUGUCGACACACCGCUUGCCCCCUACUUCCAGAGCUGCAUUUCCGAGCAAGAUCUCGACGAGCUGAACGUUGAAAUCAUCCGCUCGUCCUUGUACAAGGCAUACCUUGAGGACUUUUACGAUUUCUGCGAAGGCGUUGGCAGCAACACUGCCGAGACCAUGAAGCGCAUUCUCGAGUUUGAGGCCGACCGUCGCUGCUUUAUCAUUACCAUCAACUCGUUCGGCACCGAGCUCAGCAAGGACGACCGAGCAAAGCUGUACCCCCAGUGCGGUCGCCUGUACCCUGACGGUCUGAUCAAGCUCGCGCGCGCCGACGAUCUCGACGGUGUUCGUGCUGUUGCCGAGUACUAUGCCGAGUACCGUGCCAUGUUCGAGACCAGCGGCUCGUCGUCGUCGGACAAGACUCUGGAAGAUCGCUUCUUUGAGUACGAGGUCAAGCUCAACGAGCUGGCUUUUGAGCAGCAGUACUCGUUCGGCAACAUCUACGCCAUGCUCCGACUCAAGGAACAAGAGGCUCGCAACAUUGUUUGGUUGGCAGAGUGCAUUUCCCAAAACCAGCGAGCCAAGAUUGACAACUACAUUCCCAUUUUCAAGUAAACGAUGGUGCGGAUUGUUUGAAGCGAACAAGGGGGGCAAAACGGAAACCCUCAAGACGGACUGGAAAAAGAAAACUGCUCCCAUCGACCUACAUUGGACUUGAGGCCAAUUUUGCUUUGUCUUUAUUUUGCUGUAUUUCCUGUCUGGCGUUGUGUGUUGUUUUUUGUGUGAGUAUGAGUGUGGUCUCUUUUUGUUUGAUUACUGACGUUCAUCCUUUUCAUUACAUGUUGUUCAAUGCUGGCAUCAAGAACAUCGACGACAAAUCAAAACCGCCUGGCGUUGAUGCAAGCCCAUUGGUAAUUUCCAACCAUUGGCAACAAACUCGGUAGAAAGGUGCCCAACCAUCCAUGAUAUCUCUCCGCCAGCUGCGAGAUGGGUGCCGUAGAUGGCCUGACGUGCUUGAAUGACGCGUUAUACCUUGGAUUGGUCUUUUGGAACGAGUAUGAAAUAUCAGUGAGAAAUCAGUGGCGAGUUGAUUGAUUUUUAUGAUUUUCGCGAGCAGAACCCCGAAGGGGUUUUGUGCUUUAACAUCAGUCUAACAGUGUAUUGAGGGGUAGAUUAAUCAAUAGUUCAACCGUUCCAGCCAAAUUAGAGGAACGCCGAGGCGUUGUGUUUUUCU